UGAAGGAGUUCAUGCCGGAAGAAGAUCCACAGUCACCCUGCAGCAGACACACAGCUGACACACGACAUUGAGCCUCAGACAUGUCUGCAGGCUGUGUGAGGUUUGUGCUAAAUCAAGCAGUGAGAACUGUGUGUGGUGGCGGUCCUGUCUGCUGGACACCAGCAUCAAGAUUUACAAUAUGUUGUGAAAGAUUCAACAUCACUGCCGCCUCCUGGAGAUGGUCUCCGUUCUCCACGGAAGUACAGGAUGCAGAACAGACUCCUGAACCCAAGAAAAAGAAGGGCCCUCGAGCUCACAACUCGAUCAGCAGCGUUGGAAGAAAGAUCGCCCAUCGUCAGUUACAGGUGAUUAGCGAGGCCGGUGAGAACCUGGGCACCCUGCAUCGUGGAGAUGUGAUCAGGAUGAUGGAUGAGAAGGGUCUCAAACUGGUGCUACUCAACGAAAACAAAGACCCCCCAGUGUAUCAGCUGAUGAACGGCAAACAGAUCUACGAAGAGCAGCUGAAACGGCGGGAGAAACAGACAGCAAAAGCAGCUUCUGUGCAGGUGAAGGAGCUCGCCUUUUCACAUGGUAUUGGACCCCAGGACCUCAGCACCAAGCUGAAACAAGUAGAGAGCUGGCUGGAGAAGAAGCACCAUGUGAAGAUUACUCUGCAGGCAGCACACAAAGCACCUGCAGUCAACAUGGACACAGCUCUGGAGCAAAUGGUGGAACAAAUGGGGAUAAUGGUGGGAUUUGUCUCCCCGCCAAAAGUCAUCCGUAAUGGUAGAGCAGCCACGUGUAUCAUCCGACUGCUUUCAGCAAAGGAACUGUCACGACAAAAACAGAACAAGGCCUCAGAGUCGCCGUCUGUCAGCUCUACUUCAAAGGCCUCUCAGAGCGAAACACCCCCUGUUACCAGCACGGACACAGCAGAAGGAUCUGCACAGCAGUGAUCUGAUGGAAAUAAAACUUUUUCACAAAAACAAGUUGAAAUCUGUGCCUAAAUGUCACAGUAUGGUUCCUCCAUCACACUCUAUUUGUAGCGUGAAUGUAUUUAACGAAUAGCGUGUGUGGAUCACUGUAUGGGCCUGCAGGGGGCUGUGCUGUCUCUGGACCAGAAGUAACUCCUAACAUCUCUAUGAGGGAAGUUAAUCAAAUGACUGCAGAAUGAUGACAAGAAAAGGUACAACAACUAGACAGACACAAAACUACAAAUGUAGGCAAACUAACCACAAAAACAACAGAUGCAAGCAACUACUAAUAGAUGCAAAAGUACCUGAAAUAGACAAAAUGAUCACGUAGACAACUAUGAAAAGAUCGAAUGCCUACGAAAAGACAAAAUUACCCAAAAAAAAGACACAAAUUAACAAUACAGACAACUACUGAAAGAUAAAACCUCUACAGAUAUGCAAUACGGUCACAAAGAGACACAAUGUGAGUGUGGAUAUUUUGCUUCCAUGAUCCUGUUGGUGGAGCUGGCUGAUGGUUGUCAUCAGCUGGAUUUAAUGACAGGUCAGCAGCAGUGAGUUGGUCUCAGAAUGGAUGUUGGGUGUCCUUGUUCUACGUUUUUCAUUUUAUAUUUAUUAUAUGCAAUUAUUUCUGCCAGAAAGGUUGUGAUUUAACAUAAGCUUAGUAUCAUAAACUACUUCAUAAGGAAAAUAAAUCUACCACACAUUUUUCAUUUUUA